AUGGAAAUGCAUCGAGAAUCCAGUGGAACUAGUCAACUGGAGGAGAGCAGACACUCAGACUGUUGUACACCAUUGUACUUAGCAACCAACAGCGGUAGCGCAGAAUUUGUCAAGUUGCUGGCCUAUGAAGUCAAAAACCUUUGGUUGACAGAUCGGUAUUCUCUCUCAGUACUGCACUAUACUGGCAAUCAUGAAAGUUUGAAGCGCCUCCUACGUGCAGCUGCUCACAGUAUCCCGGUGAGAGGCAUCUUUAACACACUUCUCCUUGAGACAGCAAAAAGAGGUAACGCCUUGCGUGUGAGGCAGCUGUUGCAAGCGAAAACAGAUGUGACAGCGAGGAUCGCUAACAGUGUCAGUGCCGUGCUAUGCACUGUAUUCAGCAGCAACCCAGUGUGUUCGAGGCAUCUCCCGAAAGUUGGUGUAGAUAUACAGCAGAAGGAUGGUUCUGGUUUCACACCCCCAAGUAGGGCACCAGAAGAAGGCAGUUCAGCAUAUCUCAGGCUACUGGUGGAAGCAGGAGCUGAAGUGCACAGGAGGAACAAAGAUAAUGACACAUCUCUACAUUUUGCCAGCCUGUCCAGUGGCAUAGAAUGUGUGAAACGACUUUUAGAAGUUGGUGCAAGGGCGGUAAGAGAGGAUAAUCGUGGUAACACACCACUGCACUACGCAGCGUCUGUGGGCAAUGCUGAAAGUGUGAGGCUGAUGCUGGACACUGGGGCAUACCCCGAGAAAGUGAAUGAAGAUGGCCGGAACCCACUACAUUUCGCCAGUAUGUCCGGUGACACAGAGUGUGUGAAGCGACUUUUAGAAUUUGGUGCAAGGGUGGAAAAAGUGGAUAAUCGUGGUAACACGCCACUGCACUAUGCAGCAUCAGUGGGCAACGCUGAAAGUGUGGGGCUGCUGCUCAAGGCCUGGGCAUUAUUCGAGCAAGUGAAUGAAGAUGGCCAGACCCCACUACAUUUCGCCAGUAUGUCUGGUGACACAGAGUGUGUGCAGCGACUUUUAGAAUUUGGUGCAAGGGUGGAAAAAGUGGAUAAUCGUGGUAACACGCCACUGCACUAUGCAGCAUCUGUGGGCAACGCUGAAAGUGUGAGGCUGCUGCUCAAGGCCUGGGCAUUAUUCGAGCAAGUGAAUAAAGAUGGCCAGACCCCACUACAUUUCGCCAGUAUGUCCGGUGACACAGAGUGUGUGAAGCGACUUUUAGAAUUUGGUGCAAGGGUGGAAAAAGUGGAUAAUCGUGGUAACACGCCACUGCACUAUGCAGCAUCAGUGGGCAACGCUGAAAGUGUGAGGCUGCUGCUCAAAGCCUGGGCAUUAUUCGAGCAAGUGAAUGAAGAUGGCCAGACCCCACUACAUUUCGCCAGUAUGUCUGGUGACACAGAGUGUGUGCAGCGACUUUUAGAAUUUGGUGCAAGGGUGGAAAAAGUGGAUAAUCAUGGUAACACGCCACUGCACUAUGCAGCAUCUGUGGGCAACGCUGAAAGUGUGAGGCUGCUGCUCAAGGCCUGGGCAUUAUUCGAGCAAGUGAAUAAAGAUGGCCAGACCCCACUACAUUUCGCCAGUAUGUCCGGUGACACCGAGUGUGUGAAGCGACUUUUAGAAUUUGGUGCAAGGGUGGAAAAAGCGGAUAAUCGUGGUAACACGCCACUGCACUAUGCAGCAUCAGUGGGCAACGCUGAAAGUGUGGGGCUGCUGCUCAAGGCCUGGGCAUUAUUCGAGCAAGUGAAUGAAGAUGGCCAGACCCCACUACAUUUCGCCAGUAUGUCCGGUGACACAGAGUGUGUGAAGCGACUUUUAGAAUUUGGUGCAAGGGUGGAAAAAGUGGAUAAUCGUGGUAACACGCCACUGCACUAUGCAGCAUCAGUGGGCAACUCUGAAAGUGUGAGGCUGCUGCUCAAAGCCUGGGCAUUAUUCGAGCAAGUGAAUGAAGAUGGCCAGACCCCACUACAUUUCGCCAGUAUGUCUGGUGACACAGAGUGUGUGCAGCGACUUUUAGAAUUUGGUGCAAGGGUGGAAAAAGUGGAUAAUCGUGGUAACACGCCACUGCACUAUGCAGCAUGUGUGGGCAACGCUGAAAGUGUGAGGCUGCUGCUCAAGGCUGGGGCAUACUUCGAGCAAGUGAAUGAAGAUGGCCGGACCCCACUACAUUUGGUCAGUAUGUCUGGUGACACAGAGUGUGUGAAGCGACUUUUAGAAUUUGGUGCAAGGGUGGAAAAAGUGGAUAAUUGUGGUAAUACGCCACUGCACUAUGUAGCAUCUGUGGGCAACGCUGAAAGUGUGAGGCUGCUGCUAAAGGCCGGGGCAUACUUCGAGCAAGUGAAUGAAGAUGGCCAGACCCCACUACAUUUCGCCAGUAUAUCCGGUGACACCGAGUGUGUGAAGCGACUUUUAGAGUUUGGUGCAAGGGUGGUAAAAGUGGAUAAUCGUGGUAACACGCCACUGCACUAUGCAGCAUCUGUGGGCAACGCUGAAAGUGUGGGGCUGCUGCUCAAGGCUGGGGCAUACUUCGAGCAAGUGAAUGAAGAUGGCCAGACCCCACUACAUUUCGCCAGUAUGUCCGGUGACACCGAGUGUGUGAAGCGACUUUUAGAAUUUGGUGCAAGGGUGGAAAAAGUGGAUAAUCAUGGUAACACGCCACUGCACUAUGCAGCAUCUGUGGGCAAUGCUGAAAGUGUGAAGCUGCUGCUCAAGGUCGGGGCAUACCCCGAGCAAGUUAAUAAAGACGGGCAGACUCCACUUCAUGUUGUUGGCAUGUCCAUAGACAUUCAGUGUGUGAGACGAGUUUUGAAAGCUUGUUCCAUAGUCGCAACAUGUAACAAUCAUUACAACAUACCAAUGUACUGCGCAGCAGUAAAGGGCAUGACCAAGAGGUAUUAA